AUGGGUGUCCUUUAUCCUCGGUGGUGUGGUUAUGGUGAAAAUUGCAGAGAUGGUUACAGUCGCUGGGAUAGCUGGGGCCGUUGGGUCGCAUUUGCCGUGAUCGUUGGCAUCGCUUUUAUCAUCUUUUUUAUGUUUGCUUGUUUCAACGCUCGCCGUCGUCGGAGCCACGGUCUUCGUCCUCAUCCUGGAACCGCCUGGUUGGCUGGGCCGCCUCCUAGCUACUCGCAAUCACAGCCUUACCACCAACAACAACCUUAUCAGCAGCCUUAUUACGGAGAUCCGUACUCUCAACAGCCUCCUCCACCCCAAUACUCGCCUCCCAACCCGCAAACGUAUGGCUACUUUGGUGGACAACCGCAACAAUCCGGGAUUGAGUUGCAGCAGCCUCCCAAUGCCUACCCGCACGAUCGCGUAUACCAAGCACCUCCGGGCCCACCCCCAGCAAAGGAUUAA